AUGAAUGACCAUUCCCGGGUUUUUAUCGGCACGGCCUUUUUGGCCGGGGUCGUUCUGACCAUUGGAUUCAAAGAUCUUCUCUAUCCGGAGCUGGAGCAGCGUCUCCGGGAAUAUCGCGCUCGGCGGCGUUCUCAGUCCAACGGAGCGGAUUCUACAGAUAUCUUGACUGCGAGGCCAGGACCUCCCAUGAUUGUGGAUGGAAUCGAGGGCUGCAUUGGAAAUACGCCUCUAUUCCGGAUCAAAUCCUUGUCCGAAGCGACGGGUUGUGAAAUUCUGGGGAAGGCCGAGUUCCUGAACGGUGCUGGUCAGAGCUCCAAGGACCGAGUAGCCCUGAGUAUGAUCGAAAUUGCCGAGGAGCUCGGCAUAUUGACGCCUCACUCCGGCGACACCAUCUACGAGGGAACCUCCGGCUCUACCGGUAUCUCUCUUGCUACUUUGGCAAGGGCGAAAGGGUAUCUCGCUCACAUGUAUGUCAAAUGGCUUAUCUCUCCUAGCUUUCCUCCACUCACAGACUCCAGUUGCAUGCCGUCGGACCAAGCAAUUGAAAAGUCCAAUCUGCUUCUCAAGCUCGGCGCCAUUGUGGACCGCGUCCCGCCAGCUCCUAUCGUGGAGAAGGAUAAUUUCGUGAAUCGUGCGCGGGCUCUUGCCCAUGCUCACACCGCGUCCUCCUUGGCCACGUCCGACUCCGAAUCUUCAGACCUGCCGGUGCCAAAGCGCGGCAGAGGGUUCUUCGCCGACCAGUUCGAGAAUGAAGCCAAUUGGAGAGCCCACUACUCAGCGACAGGACCUGAAAUCUAUGCUCAGUGCAACGGGGCGCUGGAUGCCUUCGUCGCUGGGGCAGGGACCGGGGGUACAAUCUCGGGCGUGGCGCUUUUUUUGAAGCCGAGAAUCCCCAACCUCCGCGUCGUCCUGGCUGACCCGCAAGGUAGUGGUCUCUAUAACCGAGUUCGCUACGGCGUGAUGUUCGAUGUGAAGGAGCGGGAGGGCACGAGAAGACGGAGACAGGUUGAUACGAUUGUCGAGGGAAUCGGGAUCAAUCGCGUCACGGCGAAUUUCGAGGUAGGCAAGGAGCUUGUUGACGAUGCUGUGAGAGUCACGGAUGCACAGGCUCUAGCGAUGGCCAGGUGGUUAGUGGAGAAGGAUGGGAUUUUCCUUGGAAGCAGCAGUGCGGUGAACUGCUUUGCGGCUGUGAAGACCGCAAUGAAGCUCGGGCCCGGUCACCGCAUCGUGACGGUCCUAUCAGACUCAGGCUCAAGGCACCUUUCCAGGUUCUGGGCCAAGGCAGGAGAUGUCGGCGGCGCCGUCGACACGAAACUUGAAGAUGUCCUGAACGCGCAAUGA